AUGGGAGAAAGUACUCAGUUUCAACGGGUGAUAGGAUAUUUCCAUGGAACAGUUUUUUUAUUCAGUAUCAUAAUAGGUGCGGGAAUAUUUGUUGCUCCUAAAGGGGUGUUAAAAUACUCUUCACUCAAUGUGGGGGUCACCCUAAGUAUUUGGGUGGCUUGCGCCAUCGUGUCUAUGAUGGCUGCCCUUAGCCACGCAGAGCUGGGGACCACCUUUCCUAGAAGUGGAGCACAGUAUUAUUUCCUCAAGAGAUCUCUUGGACCUUUUAUUGCUUUCUUUUAUCUCUGGAUCAGUCUAUUUAGUACCCCAGCAGGAAUUGCUGCACGUGGCUUGUUACUAGCAGGGUAUAUUACGCAGCCUUUCUAUCCUGGAUGUUUUGUUCCGGAGAUGCCAAAGAAAUGUUUAGCACUAGCCAUUUUAUGGUGCUUGGGAAUUCUGAAUGCUCGAGGAGUUAAAGAGGUGACUUGGUUUCAGACUGUCAGUACAGUUGUGAAAAUGACAGUUCUCUGCUUCAUAUCUCUAACUGGAAUCAUGUUGUUGGUGAGAGGAAGAAAAGAGAACCUAGCCAGGUUUGAGAAAGCUUUCGAUGCUGAAGUCCCAGAUGCCUCACAGAUUGCCGAAGCCUUCUUACAAGGAUUAUAUGCAUAUUCUGGCUGGGGAGUCCUUGUUCGAAUAGCAGGCGAGUUGAAAAACCCUAGUAAGAAUAUCCCCAAAUGUGUGGUCACUGCACUCACCCUUGUGGCACUGAUCUACUUAUUGGUUAACAUUUCCUACCUAGCCGUCCUGACUCCGAAGGAAAUCAUGUCCUCAGAUGCUGUUGCUGUCACCUGGAUGGAUAGUAUCCCUUCCAUGCAAUGGGCCAUUUCAAUUGGUGUUUCUUCCUCAAUAGUUAGCUCCCUUAAUUGUACUGUAUUUUCAACAUCAAGGUUAUGGUAUAUGGCAAGCCAGGAGGGUCAGCUACCUUUGAUCCUCUCAACUCUGAAUAUCCACUCCUGUCCAGUUGUAGCUGUGAUUCAGAUGCUCAUCUUUGCCUCCAUUUUAAUUAUUCCCUCAGACUUAAUCCUUUUAAUAAACUACGUGGGAUUCACAGACUGGAUUCAACUUGGGCUAAUGAUGACAGGCUUGCUUAAACUGAGAUUCCAGGAACCAAACUUACCUAGACCUUAUAAGGUACGUUUGCCGUUUGUAUUUGGAACCAUGGCCAUGUCUUUGUUCUUGGUUUUGACACCCAUAAUCAAGUCUCCUAAGAUGCACCAUAUCUAUGUUCUUCUUUUUAUCCUCAGUGGACUUUUGUUUUAUUUGCCUUUAGUUCACUUUAAUUUGGGUUCUACAUAUUUCAACAAGAUAAGUUGUUUUUUACAGUUACUAUUAAAUGUUUCACCUGCUGAUGACAUUGAUGAAUAUAUUUCAACCGGAGGAAAUAUACAGAAAAAUCCACCUGCAACUGCAACCAAAAAAGAAUAAAUUAUGCAUAUUUGGCAAAUGAUUGAUUUAUUAAAAGCAUCUUUCUCUUUCAACCAGAAUAAUACCUCUUAUGUGCAUUUAUACACAUGCAACAUAUGUAAAACACAACCAGCACAAGUUACCUAAUGCCCAGAACUUUCACACUUUAACUCUCCUUGUUUGUAACAGAAGCCUUACUUUGCCAAUAAAGCAUGCUGA